CUACCGACUAAACUCUCCUUCCUAUAACUUCGGUCCUCACUAAGUAUUUUUAAUGCGCCUUUUUUGAAGUCUCCGGUAGCCUUUUACGUCUAGCUUUGACUGGUUGCACUGACUGCUGGGAGUCCGCCUGUCAUGUGAUAUUUUAAACAUGGGCUGCCUGUUGCUUCGCCCCUGAGGAGUCAUCGAUACAAGUUCGACCGUUUCCAGACGUUGUUUUGUUCUCCGGCUGUUUCAGAUGGACGUGCACCGAGUGGACUUCUACAUCGGCCUCUCUCUGGCUCUCAGCUCCAGCAUUUUCAUCGGGGCGAGUUUCAUCCUGAAGAAGAAAGGCCUGCUGCGACUGGCCAGCAAAGGCUCCACGCGAGCAGGUCAAGGCGGGUACGCCUAUCUGAAAGAGUGGCUAUGGUGGGCCGGACUAAUAUCAAUGGGAGCUGGAGAGGCCGCCAACUUUGCUGCUUAUGCAUUUGCACCGGCCACGCUGGUCACUCCUCUUGGAGCGCUCAGUGUGCUUGUCAGUGCUGUGCUUUCCUCAUACUUUCUGAAUGAGAGGCUGAAUGUGCACGGGAAGAUUGGCUGCUUGCUGUGUGUUUUGGGCUCCACAGUGAUGGUGAUCCACGCUCCACAGGAAGAGGAGGUUGCCUCUCUCAGUGCCAUGGCGGAGAAGCUCAAAGACCCAGGUUUCAUUGUGUUUGCCGUGUGCGUUGUGGGAAGCAGCCUGGUUCUUAUCUUUGCUGUGGCGCCGCGGUUCGGACAGAAGAAUGUGCUGGUCUACAUCCUGAUCUGCUCUGUGAUUGGCUCCCUCUCUGUGUCUUGUGUCAAGGGCCUGGGCAUUGGCAUUAAGGAGCUGUUCGCUGGGACAGCAGUGCUGAAGGACCCCCUGUUCUGGUCCUUAGUCAUCUGUCUGGUGAUCUGUGUCAGUGUUCAGAUCAACUACCUGAACAAAGCCCUCGACAUAUUUAACACCUCCUUAGUCACUCCCAUUUAUUACGUCUUCUUCACCACGUCCGUCAUGACCUGCUCAGCGAUCCUCUUCAAGGAGUGGUUGAGCAUGAACACUGAUGGGGUAGUUGGCACAAUUAGCGGAUUCUUCACCAUCAUUUUGGGGAUUUUCCUCCUCCAUGCCUUCAAGGACAUUACGUUCACCUGGGACUCCCUUCCACUCUAUCUGAGAAAGGGUCGUCUGGGUUUUCCGUGCGGCCAUCAACCUUACGUUGCUCUUCCUACCCAUGAUGUGCAAGCAGCCGAGGAGAUAAAGCUGCCUAGAGAAGGAGGCUCAAAGGGGGGCAGAGGUAUGCAUCAGAGAGCUCCAUGAGGAGGACCAGUAUUCAUGUCACCACUUAAACCAGUUGUGAAGAUUUGAUUCACAUUAAAGCUCUGAAGUGUGGCAAAAAGGUUUCUCAUGACCAAUGAAAAAUGCACUGGAUAACCAAAGUUUCCUUAACUUGAAAUAUAGCACAAUUGAGAUUGUUACACUGAAUUUUCUUUGAAUUAUUUUCUUAUUUUUAGAACAGAACUAUACUAGUCUAUAGUAAAGUGAACGUCUGUGCACUGCAGAGCGUACAUGCCGCACAGCAUGUAGUAUUGAACCAGAUUGUGCCUUCUUCUGUUACUGAAAACGAUUGUCUUUGUAGUUUUGCACUUAAUCUUUUAAUUAUGUUUUGAAAUAUGUAAACAGCUAUUUUGUAACAGGUCUUAAGUCAAAAACCUCAAUUUGCCCUGAAUUCCAAGUU